GUCGUUUGGUGACUCCCAUGUAGUGGAUUACUACUCAUACUAUGGGAAGAAGCUGGAUCCUGAGCCGGGGCGAUGCCGCAGGACCGAUGGUAAGAAGUGGCGGUGCUCCAAGGAUGCGUACCCUGGAUCGAAGUACUGCGAGCGCCACAUGCACCGUGGCCGAAACCGUUCAAGAAAGCCUGUGGAAUCCCAAACAACCGCGUCCUCGCAGUCGCAGUCGGCCUCGUCAUCGACCGUGACAGGUGGCGACGGGGCCGGCGGCAGCAGCGGCGGAAGCUUCAGGACUUCGCCCCUGCCGUCUUUGACAGCUAGUAAUAGUCCCCAGGUUUCGUACCUUGGCAGGGCUAGUUCCUCUCGGCUGCAAAUGGAUUCCACUCCUUAUGGCAUCAAAUAUAUUUCUGGAGCUAAAACCGAGGUGGGUGAGCAUAGUUUCUUCUCAGAAGCUUCUGGAAGUACGAGGGGCCUCAGAAUGGACUCAUCCGUCAAUAACUCAUGGCGCCUGAUGCCAUCCUCUCAUGAUGCAUCCUCCUUUCCCUUAAUGGAAACAAGAGAGAAUUCUAUAUUGGAUAGCACUUCGUCUCCCCUUCAUCACCCAAUGCACAUCAAUUCACUGUCACUACAGCAGCAGCAGCAGUACUCUUUUCUUGGAAGCGGUUUCUCUUCAGCGAAUCCGGUGGUGAAGCCUGAAAACCAACCACUGCGACCUUUCUUCGAUGAGUGGCCUAGGACAAAGGAUUCAUGGUCUGACAUAGAGGAUGAGAGAUCGAACCGGACUUCUCUCUCUACAACUCAGCUCUCAAUUUCCAUUCCGAUGGUCUCCUCUGCCUUCUCCACCACAUCCUCCAGAUCCCCAAAUGAUGACUGAAGAAUAUGCGGCUUUGGCUUCUUGCAGUAAGCUGAACUGCUGAAGAUGUGGCCGGGUUGAUAACUGUUUAAGGCCUUUUUGUAAUCUUCGCUAAUGAUUAAGAUCCUGAGUUUGUUGUCUGAGGUUGGUUUAAAUCCUCUUAAUGUUGUCGUUGUUGUUGUUGUUUUUUGGUUUUUUUUUUUUUUUUCUAUCUUAAUGUACCAAAAACUAACUUUGGAACUCCAUUCGGAGAAGUUGAAUGCCUGUUUCGUAGACAGUUAAAUGCACGUACUAAGUGACUGUUUUGUCU